AUGCAAAUUCAACAACAUUGCGUUAACAGGGUCUGUCUAAAGAGGUGGAAGAGGUUAGGAGCUUCCCCGAAGCCCCUCCGUACAUCCUCAGAGGCAGAUGUGGGACUUGAACCCAGCUCCGAGGAGGCCAAAUCCCGAGCCAUUUCCACAUCCCUGAGCGGCCCCUGGCCGGCCUGUGCCUCGGCCUUGGCUGGAUUCCUCCUGGAGGGUGAGAUCGGACUCGGGCUUUUGUUCAGGGACCUAAAUUCUCAGAAGCCGCCUCCGGCUCGCCGUGGACUGUGCAGAGCAGCGGUGGGGUGCCUGGAGUUCUGGGGAUGUGGAGGUGGUUUGGGGGCCCUUCCGGGGGCUCCUCUCCCUGCAGCUCGUCCAGAGAGGCGGCUGGCCCGGGCAGCGCGCCGGGCUCCCUCUCCAUUGGGAAUACCCCGGCCGUGCCGUGACGGGCCUGGGCUCCGUGUGCUCUCCCCGCAGGCGCUCAAUGGCUUCGUGCUGGUGGUCACCACGGACGCGCUGGUCUUCUACGCCUCGUCCACCAUCCAGGACUACUUGGGCUUCCAGCAGUCUGACGUCAUCCAUCAAAGCGUGUUCGAGCUCAUCCACACAGAGGACCGCGCAGAGUUCCAGCGUCAGCUACAGUGGACUCCGCUCGCGGGCCAGGCUGCGGACCCCGCGGCCCAGGGACAAGAGGGCCCUGGCCUGGCCCAGACCGCAGGCUACUACAGCCCCGAGCAGCUUCCGGCGGAGAGCCUGCCCUUCCUGGAGAGAUCCUUCAUCUGCCGCCUGCGCUGCCUCCUGGACAACUCCUCGGGCUUCUUGGCCAUGAAUUUUCAAGGACGCCUCAAGUUCCUUCAUGGCCAGAACAAGAAGGGGAAAGAUGGCGCGUGCUUGGCCCCCCAGCUGGCCUUGUUUGCCGUGGCCACUCCGCUGCAGCCUCCGUCUAUCCUCGAAAUCCGGACCAAAAACUUCAUCUUCAGAACGAAGCACAAACUGGACUUCACUCCUACAGGCUGCGAUGCCAAAGGAAGACUUGUUUUGGGGUACACUGAGGCUGAGCUGUGCAUGAGGGGAUCCGGCUACCAGUUCCUCCACGCCGCCGACAUGCUGUACUGUGCCGACAGCCACAUCCGGAUGAUCAAGACCGGAGAGAGCGGCAUGACGGUGUUCCGGCUCCUCACCAAGGAGAAUCGCUGGACCUGGGUGCAGUCCAACGCCCGCCUGGUGUAUAAGAACGGCCGGCCGGACUACAUCAUCGCCACGCAGAGGCCGCUCACAGAUGAAGAGGGGGCCGAGCACCUGCGGAAGCGCAGCGGGAAGCUGCCCUUCAUGUUCACCACGGGAGAGGCCGUGCUGUACGAGGUCACCUUCUUGCUGCCUGGGCCCCUGGACGCAGCCCCCGUGAGGCCCAAGCAGGGCUCUGGGCCGGGCGGGGAGGGCGCCGCAGGGCACCCCUGGGGCCAGGGGUCCUUCCACCCCACCUCCAUCCUGGGCUCGGUGCUGCGGCAGGACGAGGCCGUGUACCUGUGCCCUCCGGCGCCCCGCGCUGCGCCCCUGGACAGGAGCUUCGGGAGCGAGAUGGCGGAGGACCUGCGCGGCCUCAUGUCCGGUGACUGGCCCGGGGGGAGUGCGGACCUCCUGAAGCGGGAGCAGGGCCUGUUCUCUCACGAGGCCGGCCUCGACCCCCCGGGCGCCCUGGCCGACGGUGGGCCCGGUGACCUGUACGGCAUCAUGAGGAGUCUGGGCCUCGACUUCGAGGAUCUGAGGCACCUGCAGCGGGAGGAGUUCUUUCGGACCGACCUUUUGGGAGGGGAUGACAUGGGGGACAUCGACCCAGACCUGACCGACGAGAUCCUGACCUACGUGCAGACGUCCUUAAACAAGGCUGCGUUCUCCCAUUCAGGGCCCCAGCAGCAGGCCCAGAAUCCUUUGCAGCCUCCCCUCCAGCCUCAGUACCCCCUGCAGCAGGCCCAGCCUCAGCAGCCCAUUCAGCAGGCCCAGAAUCCUUUGCAGCCUCCCCUCCAGUCUCAGCACUCCCUGCCACCACGGCCGGGAGUCCCUCCUCAGCCCCCCAACUCUAGCUGCAUGGUCCAAGAACAGUUGCACCAGCAGAGAUGGCGGCAGCAGCAGCAGCUUUGCCAGAAAAUGAAGCACCUGCAAGUGGGCGCCUGGAAGCCGGGGGACCCCGAGCCCUUCCCUUGCCCUCAGCUGGAGCCACAGCCCUACGAGGUCCUGGCAGGCCUGACGGAUGCCGAGCUGCCCUACAAGGCCGAUUUUGGCCCGGGGCCCUACGCCCAGAGCUUCCUGCCCUGCUCUCAGCCUCUCUUUCCCCCAACUGCCCGCCUGGACCAUUUAGACUUUCCAAUGGAAGCUUUGGACCAGUCUCAGUACCCAGCCUCACACCUGGGAGACUUUGUCAGCUGUUUCCAGGAAACCCCGGGGCCUGGUGGCCCUUCCCAGCCCCCCCAAGGAGCCCCCCCGGGGUGUUACGCAGGUGCUGUCUCCAUGUUUCAGUGCCAACCCGAAGGCCAGGCUUCUAGCAUGGGCCUGGUGCCGUACCACCCACUGGGCUCGAGUCAGCACCCGGCCUUGAACAAAUUUCAGAAUGGCUUCAAUGGAGGCGUUUUAAGCGAGUCCUUCGCCGCUCCGUUCAACAGUCUGAGCAGCUCUUCGGCCACCUCCUGUGUCCAUCCGGCUGAAGCCAGGCCCUUCCCCGAUAUAGCGUCCGGUGGCUUCCUCUGAGGCGGGCCGGGGCGGGUGCUGCAGGGAAGGCCGGGGGAAGCCUCGGCCGCAGCCCCGCCGGGAGCAGCGAAAGGAGAAGCAGCAGCAUCUGUCCCUCCGGACCAGCCUCCCCCAGCCUCCAGCACUGAGAGGGGGAGGGCCAGAGCAUCCCCUUCCUCCUCCGGCGCCCAAGUGCCUCUCCCGGAGCCGCGGCUUCCGUGCGGUGCCGCCAGCACUUCCCUCUGCGCCAUCCCCUCUCCUGGGCGCUCCAGCCCGGCCUUUUUCAGGUAACAGAAGAUAUUUAUUGAAAAGAAAAUAAGCGGCCCGAGAGCCGUUUCCGAGACUCCAGUGUUCGCCGCGUGCCUUAUCUCCGGCGGAAAGACGCCUCUUAAGCGAACACAAGCAACGGCCUUCGGCCAACUUAUUCCUCAUGAAGUUUGUUUUCAAAUGGUGCGUAGAAGCGGCCGUGGAGGGGAGGACGACUGGCCGGGCCUGGCCGAGGCUGGGCGGGCCCCAGACCGAAGGAGGCUCAGUCCUGGGACGCUUGGCUACGCCGGGCCAGCGUUAUGAGGGUCACCCUUGGGGUGGUGAUGGUGGUUUUCUCCUCUUGGAGGAUGGUUAGCACCGAAGCCACGACAUUUGGUGUCCCGCGUCGUCCCCGGAAAUCCGGGCUGUGCAUCGCUGGUGGAGUGGAGAAGGCUGCCCCGGCCCACUGUUCAAGCUCUUCCGCAGGAAAUACGACCGUCCUGUCUAACCUGUUUAGCCCAAAGAUGUUGGAGCACCCGCGGCUGUCUGUCUGUCCGUCUGUCUUUAAGGAAACCAAGGAAGGUGCUGCUCCCAUCGGCAGGAGACGGCGCUGUUUCUGGCACAUCCGCAGAGCGAGGAGGACCUCCGACGAUCUACAGAGAAAAAGGCUUUUCAGGCAGAAAAGGGCCGAGCGUUACUCCAGGAGGAAGCACGGGAUCGGAUCGGCACAAACAUUUCAUGACUUUUCAGCCCAAGCUGUGCUGAAAUUCAGGGCGGUGACCCAAAUGGCUCCUUAUUUCUCCAUCGAAUCUAAUGGAAGAAGCCACCGAUGUGCCACAAAGGUGUGAAUGGGGACAGCGUGAAUGUUGAUCUGUAUAAAGAAAGCUGCUCAGAUUUUAUCUUGAGAAUAAUAAAUAGUCGUUCACGCAAUGCACUUUGUCUGGCUCGCCAAAGGAGAACUGCUCUCUUCCCCCUCGAGGAGACCGGAUUGUGUGCCCGCCGGCCUGCGAGGGCUCCGAAGCGGCCUUGCUCCCUCCCUGGCCAGCCUCCCAGCCGGAGGCUGGGCUCUGCCCGCCUUAGUCACUUGCUAUUUAACAUGUGGAGUUUUGUCUUCUUAUUUCCCUUGAAGUAAAUGUGUAAAUGAUAAUAUAUGGAAUAAAAGAAUUGCCAAGCA